GCCAAGUGACUUAAAAUCUGUGAGUGACAGGAGGCAUGUAAGAAUCCACAUUCUAAAGGCUGAGAUGAGGCGUCAACAGUGUCUCAGACAUUUCCUUAAAAUGUGCAAGUAUUUUAAUUGAGCAAGCAAAAUCUGUUAUUGUACGCCCGCUUCACUGAUGGAUUAACAGGACCUUCAAAUAUCCACCCACGGUCAUUAGUAUCCAGGGACAGAGGGAGGUGGAGCCUAUCCCAGCAUGCACUGGGCAGCUGACAGUGAAACACCUGAGGGUUUUCCUUUUGACACAAUAUAUGAGAAUUGGGUUACACAAUCAUAUCUUUGCAUAUAGUAUUGAUUAUUGAGCACUGAACUAGAUAAUCAUCUAUGGAUGCUCACAGUCUAUAUUGGUGAUAUUUAAUUUGAUAUAUCAGUCUUGAUAAUAUGACUCAAACUAAGUUGCAUGAAGUUGAUUAGUAGCAUUCGACUUCCUCACCUUCUGGAAGACUGGCAGGUGUUAAUAAACAGUUUGUACUACAUGAACCAACACUUCACUUCAUGGAUAAUCAUCCCCUUCCAUCAGAACAUAGACGGGUUUCAUCCCAGUGCUCCUGACGGAUACUGUCAACAUCAGGUGCUAAUCAAAAUCUAGAGAUCUUCAGAUUCCGAUACCAAUAUCAGAAAUGCCUCCCAUACUUAGAUACUGAAAAAUGCCGGAUUGGACAUCUGAGUAUGUGCAAAUCUAUGUACCUAUUCAAUACCACAUCUUUAAAACUGUGAAAAAAGACCAUCCUGUCGUUUUUUUGCGGGCUGGCCUAACCCUACAGCCUGGCUCUGAACACUCUGAUGUCACAGUUGGACUCUUUUGGGGUAACCCCCAGGCAUUUUAGACAGAGGGUGAAAAGAAGAGCUGCAGUAAUGGGCAGUAUCAGGACACCGAUGCUUUUUUCUGAACAUUAGAGCAUGUAAACCUUUUCAGGUAGUAACCCAAAUUAAAAAUAUCAACCUGUAUAUGGGCAUCACCUUUGAAUGUUCCCACGUUUCCCUUGUCAUUAAAUGAAGAGAUUCACAGAUGUAUAAGACAACACACAUCUCCUGGCAGGCUAUAAUAAACUCCUCUUAAGUCACCACUCAAUCUUUGUUUUUGUCCUUUUUUCUGGAAACAAAAACAAGUGAAACACAACAUAAUGCAAAUCAAAGAUUUAAUUAAAUCAAAUCCCCGGGAUGGGAAAAUUGGCAAUCGAACCAUCUCUAUCCAUAUCUUCCCACCCAGCCGCCCUGCCGCCCAGCGCCGCACACCCACCCAAAAAGACACGACUUGUGAACGCUGGAGCAACCUGUUUGCAUGGCUUUGAAUUGAUUUGUUUGACACAUGAAGAGCAGCUGCACAAUUUGCAUCCAUAGGCAGAGUUGCCUUGGAGAAGGAGCCUUCUUGGACAAGUCCUGAUAUUACGUCUCAGUGACUUUAGUUCAUCGACCUAAACAGCUGCGACGCAGAACUCCACACUGUGUCAACCCUGGUUGCUUUACCCAGAGAGACGGUUAAAGUGUUUGCUUCAAUGCAGGGAGAACACUUAAGUCAGUAUACAAUGUGUUUAUGAAAAUAUAAUUUUUCCCCCCGCUCUCUGUUUUAGUUUAUUCUCUGGUCUCAGCCAAAGAGCUCUGAGACGCCCUGUCCACCUGCUCAGCAUUCCUCAGCCGACAUACACAGUUAGUGACUGACUGUGAGUUACGCGGAUAAGGAUUCGGAUUCGUCCCUCGGGAGUUGGUAGAACAGAACUUUUGCCAGUUGGCCAGGAACAAAACUCCAUAUGAACGAUAAUAUUACUGCGUGACUGCCGAAUGUUCAGAUUUGCAACGGUUUCCAUCCAUCUUCUAUCUAUAUCAUUCAUGCCUUCACCACCACAAGUAAUUCAGUAAUUGCAGCUUUAAAUUUCAAAAGUCAACUUUUUGUCUCAUCAUUCUUGACAAUACAUAUUACAUAAUCACAAUAUAUAGCAAGAUGUGUAACCCUCACACAGUCCCUCUGUCUGGAUUUUCUACUGUGUUUAUAAUGAUAGCUGUAGUUUUAUGCAUCGAAAUGAAAUGUUUUGGGUUUUCUUCAGACAGUUUUGAACAACGCCAUUUUCGUAAGCGGUGAAACCACAGAAGUCCAUUAGGUACUUUCUUCUCUUUCAACUCUCUGGUUUAUGGCCCACAAUCAAGUAGUGCUCUCCACAGUGUCCUCUGCUUCCUCUCCACCUGACCAUAAAUAUGCCUGGCUCCUGACCAUGGUGGAAAACCGGUCGGAUGAUGCUUCCAGCAGACGUCCCUUUAGUCAGAGAAGAGUAAAAACGCUUUUAAACUGAUGAUCAUUAUUCAAUUAUUCAAUCAUUAUUUUAUUUGACGGCAGUUUCUGCGAAGAACGUGAGGAACCUAUUAUCAUUUGUGGUUGAACGAUAUUUUCCUCAGGUUUCCAGUUCGGGGAAUACAAUUAGCCCCGUCCACGCACAACCCUGUUGAAAGAUUCGGCAUCAGCGCUCCACAAUUGUGGGUGUCCGGUAAACCCGCAGCAGCCAGGUCAAAUAUUAACUUUUGUCCUGCUGACAAGGUGCUGCCACCACUUCCUUGUUAGUGCAAACAGUUGAAAGUGUGAGUGUGUGUCCAGAUGUCGCACUAAUGGCGGAGAGGAGUUUGUAUUCGUUACCCAAGCAACCCAUAAAUCAAUGCUCGGCAUCCAUGGUAGUCUGACCAAUCAGAGGAGAGGUGUUUACCUGCCUAGUUAGCGCCUGUUACCCCAACAUAGAGUUUCACCAAACAUCGACCUUCCCGCAUGCUGCUGUGAUUCAAAGCUGCCUUCAAGGACACCAUCAUAGCUGCGUCUUUGUUUACUUUGAUUUUCUGUUCCCUUGUUUGGAAAAGAAUGCCACGGUCUGCGGUGAUGGACCUUUCCUUCGAGGAGUCUCUGAAGCCAUUUUGUUUGUUUUGAGUGUGAACAUCACCGUCCGGUUCCUGUGUGGUGCUGACGAGAGGGGUGGCGGGGGUUGUGAAGGUUGAUGGCGAGGUUCCAGUUGGCCCGCUUUAAAGUGAGCUGGACAGCGCUCUUGACCCUGGCCCACUUCACAUACCUGCUGGUCGGGGCCACAAUCUUCCAGAUACUGGAGCGAGAGGCCGAGAGCAACAACCGCGACCACUUCCAACUGGAGAAGCUCCAUUUCUUGGCUAAUUAUACCUGCCUGGAUGGACUGGCCCUGGAGAAGUUUGUUCAGGUGAUUUUGGACGCUUGGGAAAAGGGAGUGAAUCCCUCUGGCAACUCAACAAACCCCAGUAACUGGGAUUUCAGCAGCUCCUUCUUUUUUGCAGGCACAGUAGUAACAACUAUAGGCUAUGGCAACCUCUCCCCCAGCACCGUGUCUGGUCAGGUGUUCUGCGUGUUUUACGCACUCUGCGGCAUCCCGUUGAAUCUCGCCUUCCUCAAGCAGCUCGGGAAGUGUCUCACCAUCCGCCUGGGUCGACUCAAGAAGGGCAUGGUCUCAGUUGUUCCACACAAGCAAACAGUUGAGGCUCUGGCGCUGAGUUUAUUCUUCAUCAGUGGCAGCCUGCUGUUUCUGGUCAUCCCGCCUCUGCUGUUCAGUUACGUGGAAGGCUGGACGUUUGGCGAGGGCUUCUAUUUCGCCUUCAUUACCCUCAGCACCAUCGGUUUUGGGGAUUAUGUGGGACUGACCCGGGCAAAGAGUACAUCUCUCUGUAUCGCAGCCUUGCAGGCAUCUGGAUCAUUUUUGCCCUCGCUUGGCUUGCUCUUAUCCUCAACAUGGGAUCCAGGGUCAUGCAGCAUGUGGUUGUCCUGACUCACCCCGGCUUUAAGCAACAGGAGGAGGAAGAGGACGUGUCGUCCUGUAAACUGGAGGACACGUCAAAGAUCUGAAAAACGGACUGCAAUAUUCACUAGGUAGAACUUUUUUUUGUUUGUUAUUUUUCUGCACAUAUUAUGAUACAGAAAGAAAGAAAGAAAAACAGAUGUAGCAUCAUUUUAUAUAUUUGCAAUAACUGCUGUUUUUUUGUACGUGUACAUAUUUAUUCCUUCUUUAAUGCUUUGCUUUGCAAUUAUAUUUUAGUUUCGAGAAAUAAACAUUACAAGUUUUUGUUUGACAGUUCUACCUCGGUUAAGUGUCACUACAGCACAAGGUUUGAAUUUAUCUCUGAAAAGGCGACUAGGGGACAUUUCAUGACAAUGUGAGCAGUAAGACAUAUUAAUCAAAAGACUUAACUUCAUUACUCACAUGAACUCUAGGCUCUGAAGAGAAAUAUCCAGUUCGAGGCACAGAUUUUAAGAUUUCUUUUUUUUAAAAGUUUUUAAAGAUGUCAUUCUGCAAAGGAUAAUCUUUUAUUUGGUUUUAAUGUGAAAAACUGUUUUCAUUAGCCAUUGACAAUAAAAAAAUUCAUAGCAAUGGUAUAUAUUUCUAUAUGUCAUGAUACAUAUAUAAUAGUGGAUACAUAAUGGGAAAGUGACUGAAAUGGAAACAAAAGUAAUACUCGGGACUCAUUUAAUGGCAGAUGUAAUCUUUUUUGCACCCCCUGACGAAAUCAAAAAAAAAAAAAACAAUAAAACAAGUGGAAUAACAUUAACUAAUAUAUGACUCUAAUGGAUUUUUCUCUUAUCAUCAUAGCCACUGAUAGUUUGAACAGCUGUGUGUGCGCUCACCUCUAUCAUUAUCCCGUCACCAAACCUGAUGGGAAUAUUACUUGGGAGGGUAUCUCCCGAUGAGU